AUGAAACUGACAACUUGGACAUGCAAAAUAUUGCCGAUCAUUACGGGAACAAAUGAAAAAUUGAAAAAGUUAAAAAGUUUUGUUUUUGAUAACACUACCGGCAUUUUGAACUUAAAUUCUUCUGACUUUGACAAUAACCUUGAUAAUAUUGAUAUUUCUACGCUUCUUUUCACUGAUGGAUUUUCUCCGGUGCCAUCCUUUUAUGGUAAUUUCGUAACUGGUCGAAAUGAACUUUAUAAAUUAGAGGAUUUGUUGACUAGGCUAGAAAAUAAUUUUCUUUUGCCUAAUGCUAACUUGCAAAAUUCAGUAAAUGACCUCGAUGAGUUGGAAAACUAUUCGAGGGGCAAUGAAGUAAAGCAACACCUUUUUGAUUUACGAGAUUCGCCAGGUAGAACCUCGAAUGCGAUUGGUCUUGACCAAGUGUUAAAAGCAAACGCUAAUGGCUUCAUUAUUGCCCAACGAGGCGGAUUGAGUUCGUAUUUAACUAUUGGAAAAAAAGACUCUUCCGGUAAACUAGAUUAUGAAGAAAUAGGAGAUGAACACUUAUCACUAAGAUCUUUAAAUGUUAACGCCAUAAUGGAGACCCUUAAAGGAGGAAAAUAUCGAGGUUUUCGGAUAAUUGAUCCUUUCCAACCUGAUCCAAAAGUGGAGAAUGCUAUGAAAUACCAAACCCUUUUUAAAUAUUCGUGCCAGGCGGGAAGAAAAGAAUUCACUAAAACCCACAUAGACAGAUUUCGUAAUUUCCUUCAAAUAAACAUGGGUACAGAUGGUGGUGAAGAAACUGAUAAACGAAAAUGUUUUGGCUUUCAAAUCACUGAUAUUGAUGACAAAGGCAAAGGACAUUAUCAGAGUCGUUCUGGCUGCAAUCCUCAAGCCGGAAAAACUAAAAUCACCUAUGAUAUCUGGGCUGCACCAAAUUUAGAUGAAGCUAUUGAUUUGGCAUUUUUCGGCGUACCUUAUGCAGGAAUGAAAAAUGUUGAUAACAGCCUGCUUUUUUUAAACGAAGUGGAGGGAAAAAGGAGAAAAGAAAUUUUAGACAUUUACUACGAACAUGGACUUAAAAAUAAUUAUGAAACUGGAAAAUACUCUCCUGGAAGCGGUUAUGAUAAGAGUAAAGCCGAAGAAAAUAAGGAUAAAUUACAACAAAUAAAAAAAAUCUCAGUAGAAAAUUCAAAUAAUAAUGAACUUCCAUCCAAUGUCCUCAGUAAAAUAAGAGAAUAUCGAGCCUCCGAAACUGAUACCUUGGCUCAAAAAAUCUAUGAAGAAGCCGAAAAAAUGAAAGCGGCAGAUAAUGUUACCAUUAGGACUAUUGAAAAACUAAAAGAAUUAGUAGGCGUAGCAAAAAAUUACCAAAAUAUGGAAGAGGUUUUGGAAAAAUGUAAAAUUGCUGCUCUGCCUGAAGUUCAGUCUAAGUUGAAAAGAACAGUCGGUAACGAGCAAAUUUAUCAAAAGAUAAUAACCAGCAUUGAAAAAGACGCUAUUGCUAUUAGCCAAGCAACGGAAAUAUUUACCUGGUCCAAACAAUCUUUAGAAAUUCAGGGAACAGACGAAACUCAGGAAGAAAAUUCUAGCGAUACCGAGGGCUAUGCCACUAAAGCCUACAAAAAAAUCCAAACUUUUUCCAAAAAAAGACAAGAAAUUGUUGAUAAAUCUCACUUAGCCAAAGCAAAAACCAAGGAAGAAUUAGAAAGUUUUUACAAGGAAAUGAAAGAAGGAGAGAAUUUUACCGGCAGUUUAAAAGAAACAGUUGAAAAAAAAUCCUAUCCGCGGGCUGAAAUAAUUGCUUCGAUAAGAGAAAAAAAAGAUAAUGCUAAGCCGGAAGAAAAAGCCUUAAUUGAGUUAAUAAAAGAUUUUGUUAUCAAAGCAGAAAUAGAUACCGAUUUCGGUGAUGAUUCUAAUAGAACAGAUUACCAAACUCUUAAAAAUAAACAAGAAUCUUUAGCAAAAUAUACCAAAACUGGAACUCCAGAGAAUAAUGUUUUUGAAAGUUUACCGUCCGAACAAAAACAGACUAUCAAUCAAUUGCUUUCAGAACUUUCCAGUAAAGUAGAGAAAAUGAAAAAAACUAUCGACCAGGAAGAUCUGGGAGGGAAAGAUAAUUCUAAUAAUAGUGAAAAACCCUUUUAUAAAACUACUUCUGGAAUAAUUAUCAUUAGCACAGCAGUAGUACUUGUUCUAGGUUUAACAUUCUGGUUUUUCACAAAAGGUAGUAAAAAAAAAGAAUAA